AUGUUUGCAGUAGCUGCCUUUACUACAUCGGUGAAUGCCUUGCUGUCUUCGGUCUUUCGAGCCAUUUCAAGGAGGGAAAUAGGUGCGCUCUCGGCGUUUUUUGCAUUUCUCGCGCAAGUUUAUGUUAGGACUCUGGGCCAAGAAUCUGGUCAAAUUCUGGGCACAGACUGUCCCAAGUCUGCCGCCAGUCUGGAUAAAGAAACUUCAAUUCCAUUGUUACUAGGAGAAGUAAUCUAUACUUCAGCGUUGGGAGCUUUGCAUAAGGCUACACAUUUAGCGAGAAGAUUACUAGAAGACUUUUCAAUGCGUAUAGCCAAUGAAAAAAAGUGGCCAAGUCAAAAUCGCAGUACAAUAUUUAAAGAAAUGAGUCAAAAAUUAACGGAAUAUAAACGUGACCACAAUAAGAAAAUUUUGUCUCAAGAAUAG